AUGCCUGCGACAAUGACCACAACCGUAACAAACGGCAGCGCAAACGGUGCAAACGGCGCCAAUGGCACAAAUGGUUCACAUGUUCCAGAUACACGAUUUGAUUCCAUCGAGGAGUCGGUAGAAGCUUUCAGAAGAGGAGAAUUCCUCGUCGUCCUCGAUUCCACAGACCGAGAAAACGAAGGCGACCUGAUCAUUGCCGCCCAAGAUGUAACUACCGAGAAAAUGGCCUUCCUGGUCCGACAUACUAGUGGCUACGUCUGUGUCCCCAUGACUCCAGACCACACCGACCGUCUCGAACUCCCCCAAAUGGUCCCAAAGAACCAAGAUCACUUACUAACCGCCUACACCAUAUCCGUUGACUACGCAACCGACACUACAACCGGUAUAUCCGCUCACGACCGAGCCCUGACUGCUAGAAAACUAGCAGAUCCAACUUCCAAGCCAUUGGAGUUUAGGAGACCCGGGCAUAUUCUCCCUCUUAGAGCUAAGAAGGGAGGUGUGAGGGUCAGAAGGGGACAUACGGAAGCUGCGACGGAGCUUUGUAGACUUUCGGGGAAGGAACAGGUUGCGGUGAUUUGCGAGAUUGUGAGAGAGGAGGAUGGGCUGAUGGCUAGAAGGGAUGAUUGUAUUGCUUUUGCGAGGAAGUGGGGGUUUAAGGUUUGUACGAUUGAGGAUAUGGUGGAGUAUGUGGAGGCGAAAGAAGGGAAGUGGGUCGAUGAGGCUUAA